CAACUUCCCUCCUCGCUCUUCCAUCGCAUCCCUCGCUCUCUCUCUCCAUACUCUUAUCCCCCCUCAUCCCCACCCCACAAGCUUAGCCAUCAACAUGCAGGCCGUCGUCUUCAAAGGCCCCCUCCAAGUCGCCCUGGAAGAGCGCCCCAUCCCCGAACUCCAAGCCCCGACCGACGCCAUCGUCAAGGUGCGAUACACCGCACUAUGUGGAAGUGAACUCCACGUCUACCGCGGCCACCAACCCUCCGCGACCGGCUUCAUCAUGGGCCACGAAUUCACCGGUACCAUCCAGUCCAUCGGCAGCGCGAUCAAAAACUUCCAACCCGGCGACAUGGUCGUGUCCCCCUUCACCACCACCUGCGGCGACUGCUUCUACUGCCGCCGGGGGCACACCUCGCGGUGCACGAAAUGCCUCCUCUACGGGUCUGCCGUCCUCGACGGCGCACAAGCCGAAUACGUCCGCGUGCCCCUCGCAGACACCACCCUCGAGCAUGCCCCCGAGCUGAUAGACGAGAAGAAGCUCGUGCUGAUGGCGGAUAUCUUCCCGACGGGGUAUUUUGCCGGGGUGAGUGGGUUUGCGGGACUCACGACGAGGGAGGUGACAGAUGCGACGGUGCUGGUGUUUGGGUGUGGGCCUGUGGGGAUUUGCGCCGUCGUGAGUGCGUUGGAGAUGCACCCGGGACGAGUCAUUGCGGUGGAUAGUGUGGGGGAGAGGUUGGAGUGUGCGAGGAAGCUCGGGGCGGAGGUGUGGAAUUUUCAGACGCAGGGAGAGGAGUUGAGGGAGAGGGUGAAGGAGGUGACGGAUGGGAGGGGCGCCGAUGUGGCCGUGGAGGUCGUGGGCCAUAGCAGUGCCCUCAGGAUGGCGUUUGAGAUGAUCCGGCCCUGGGGCAAGAUCUUUAGUGUGGGCGUGCAUAAUGGCGAGAUUCCCUGGACGGGGAAUGAGGCCUAUGCGAAGAAUUUGUCCAUUCAGAUGGGGAGGUGUCCGGUGAAGAGCGUUUUCCAGGACGCCCUGAAUAUGCUGGUUGACAAGCAAGAUGUUAUGGAUUUCAUGGUGAAGGACGUGCGGCCGUUGUCGCAGGCAGUUCAGGCGUACGAUGACUUCAACCACAUGCGAUCGCAGAAGAUCAUCUUCGAGGCAGGGAAGUGAGCCGAGCUGCUGGUGUCGGAUCCUGACAGUCCUCCCAGAAGAAUCCAUGAUAGUUAUUUCUCAUGCAUUAACGAACUCUUAUCAAGCAUUUGAUCAAAUUUAUUUCCGCAAUAUCAAACACAAUUCCCAGU